GGAGGCAUGGACAAUGGAUACUUUAAGCCUCUCGGUGAACGCGGUGUCCCAUGCGGAGCCCACGCCGCACACGGAGCUAUGGGACCCGUUCAACAAGCCCAUCCCGAACGUGGAGCCGUGGAACUUCACGGUGCUCGCGGUGCUCAUGUUCGUGGUCACGGCGCUGUCCCUCAGUGAGAACUUCCUCGUGAUGUUCGUUACUUUUCGCUUCAAACAGCUGCGGCAGCCGCUCAACUACAUCAUCGUGAACCUGGCCAUCGCGGACUUCCUCGUGUCCCUCACGGGGGGGCUCAUCAGCUUCCUCACCAACUCCCGCGGCUACUUCUUCCUCGGGCGCUGGGCGUGCGUCCUCGAGGGCUUCGCCGUCACUUUCUUCGGCAUCGUGGCCCUGUGGUCUCUGGCAGUGCUGUCCUUCGAGCGCUUCUUCGUGAUCUGUCGGCCGCUCGGGAACAUUCGUCUCCAGGCCAAACACGCCAUCCUGGGCCUGCUCUUCGUCUGGACCUUCUCCUUCGUCUGGACCUUCCCCCCGGUGCUGGGCUGGAACCGCUACACCGUCAGCAAGAUCGGGACCACCUGCGAGCCCGACUGGUACUCCACGACAAACAAAGACCACAGCUACAUCAUCACGUUCUUCGCCACCUGCUUCAUCCUGCCCCUCGGAGUCAUCUUCUUCUGCUACGGCAAACUGCUGCGCAAACUGCGUAAGGUGUCCCACGGGCGUCUGGCCACAGCGAGGAAGCCCGAGCGUCAGGUGACCCGGAUGGUGAUUGUGAUGAUCGUGGCGUUCAUGGUGGGAUGGACUCCGUAUGCGGUCUUCUCCAUCCUGGUCACCAUCCACCCCACCAUCGAGCUGGACCCACGCCUCGCCUCCAUCCCAGCGUUCUUCUCCAAAACCGCAGCUGUCUACAACCCCAUCAUCUACGUCUUCAUGAACAAACAGUUCAGGAAGUGCCUCAUUCAGCUCUUCACCGGCAACAUUUCGGACAACUUCGGACAAACCUCGGAGCGGCCGGGCAUCACCGCGGAGAGCCAGACGGGAGAAAUGUCCGCCAUCGCUGCUCGCAUCCCAGUGGGAACCAACUCCCAGAAAUCUGACGACUCCCCGACUGAGUGCGGCUCAUUCGCUCAGCUGCCCAUCCCCGAAAACAAAGUGUGCCCCAUGUAA